AUGACAGCAGAGGGAGGCGUGUGGAACCACAUAAUCGAGAAAAUCCUGAGCGCAGAAAAUCCUGCUCAGAAGCAAACUGCAGAUGAUCUCGCACUUUCUGAAGAGUCGAGCGAGAUGUGUGCCAUGUCGAGAAUCGGCGGCUAUGUAGAAAAGUCCCACAGCAGUGUUGUGACGCUCAGAAUAUGCACUGCUUAUGGCAUGGAGAUCACCCUAAAAGAUCACCUUAAACCAAUAAUCACCAUGGAAGAUAAACACUACCUGCAACUUAACGAGCUAUGCAUAUGCAACCCUCGAGUGCAUGGUGAACAUCAAACUCCGCACACACUGGUCGGACUAGAUCACUGCUCAUCCCUCCAAAUAGCCAGAUUAUAG